AUGUUCCUUCCCUGCCAAAAACACAAGACCCCUGUCAGCACCUACACGGACUCGUACCGCCCGCCAUGCACCGUCCGAAAGACCAUCAAAGACGCUGUCGUUAUGCAGCCGAGAGGACUCGAGUUACUGACAAAGGGAUUAUGGUCACCACCAAAGCAAAACAAAGCCAGCCAAGACAAGCCUCAGGAGCUGAUUAAGAGAAUGCUGCAGGAGUACUACAAGAACACCAUCCACACCGUCUGCUACCCUGAGACGCCAUGGCCGACCAUGUCCAAAGAGAAGUACAAGCCAGUUUUUGUCAAUCAGAACAACUACAUCACCUGGAGAACAGGUCCUUACAACAGCGCAGCCUGGAGUAAGCACUCCUGUUACCUCCCAUUCCUGCCCAAGGAGGCAAGGAUGGAGACCUUCCUGCACAGCAUUCCUGUGCUGUACCCCCCGAAACCCACCUGCCUCAAUCAAUGUGAGAGGGAGGCGAUGAUAGACAUCCUGCACAGGCUGUCACGGUACUCGCCGCCGUGCCUGCAGCCUCUCUACACACCUCUCUACACAGUGACAGGGAAGGGAACCUGCCAGGGCUACUACAGCCCCUGCUCUGGUCGCUUCUACUGCCUGCAUGGGCUGGACUACCACACUGAUGGCACCCUUAACAUCAGAAGACAUCUCCAUGCACUGGGAGAGAAGGCUGAGCAUGCCAUGCUGUAG